AAAAAAGUCACAUCUAUGGUGCAAUAAAAUAAACUACAAUUCCCAAACCACUACUGGACCUUCUUUCCUCUGUGCGGCCGUACAGUAAUACCAAAAUGAAAUAAAUUUAAAAUAAAUCCGGACACCUCCUUUAUGAGCUGAAUUGAACAUGGACUAAAAUGACUGGCACGUUGCUAUUAUAAUAGUUCAUUUCAGUGAGUUUUAUAAACACAAAACGACAGUUAACUGUCCUGUUUUUAUUUUACUUCAUGGAUAAUUUCCUGAUUUUGUCAAUUACUUCUCCAAAAUUCCUGAGCGCGGGUCUGCACUCUACUGAUUGUUCGUAUAAUUGCUUCACUCGGCAUUGUCACCAUCCAGCUUGGGGAAGGAGCCGUUGCGCAUGUUCUCCAGCCCGUAGGCCAAACUCUGUUGAAGAUAAGCCCCCGGAUGAGGCAACGGGAGCAAAGUCCCGCAUGAGUGUGUCUUGAUGCGGGCUUGAUAACAACCGGCACAAGUGCAAUCAGCAAUUACAGUCAGACCAUAAGCCAUAAAGCGAACACAGAUACCAAAGAUGCUGUGUUUGACUAUACACGCCCUGCAGGCCGAGUUUCGCUUUGAAAGAACAGAGAGCAUGCGUUUUCUCGCCUGCGUGGAUUUCUACGACGGGCUCCGCUUCACAAACUCUUCUGCUGGGGUAUUCCGGCGCAAAGAAAUGGAUUGAGUAGAGGAGAGGAUUGCGAGAGGAUCAUUUCUGAGGUCAAAGCUAUUCGCCAUGAUCCACGUCGACGUCCACUCGCUGACCCAGCCGGUGGGCAUCCUGCGGCUGAUGGCCGCCGUCCUCACGUGUGUGUGUUUUAGCCUGGUGGCAUCGGCGGGCUACGUGCCGUCUCCUUACUGGGCCUGGUGCAUGUUCACCUGGUGCUUCUGCUUCUUCUUCACUCUCCUCAUCCUCAUCCUGGAGUUCACCACCUUCAGCGCCAAGUUGCCCUUCGCCUGGGAUGACUUCACCACCGCCUUCGCCAUGCUGGCGAGCCUCAUGUGCCUGGCCGCCUGCGUCAUCUACCCGACGUUUUUCACCUGCGCCGUCUGCUACCGACAGAUCGGCGCUUCCGUGGUGUCCUGCGUGUGUUGCGGGUUGUACGUGGGCGAGGUGACGCUAAAUCGCCUGCGGCCGAGCGGGCAGAUCCGAGGCUUCCUCUCCACGCCGCCCGGAAUUAUGAAGAUGCUGGAAACUUUCCUCGCCUGUCUCAUCUUCACAUCUCUGGAGGAAAGACAGUACGGGCACUCUCCUGAACUGCAGUGGUGCGUGGCCGUGUACUCCUUGUGCUUCAUCCUCGCCAUGCUCAUCAUCCUGCUCACCGUUGGACAGCUGACCUCGCUACUGCCGUUUUUUGACAAGAUGGUGAUCGUCUAUGACAUUUUAGCAGCAGUUAUGUAUCUGACAGCUAUGGUGAUCUGGCCACUUUUUAGUUUCCGAAAUAAUCAGAGACCACCGAACUGUGGUUACCUGUGUUCAUGGGAUAAAUUGGUGAUGGUCACCGUCAUGACAAUUCUCAACUUCGUUGUUUACGUCCUGGACUCUGUCUACUCUAUGCGGCUCGUGUUGAGUGUCAGCGCGCAGUGAAGCUGUUUUUAAAACUGGGGGGGGGG